AUGAUAACGCAAAGCUAUGUUAAUACUCUUCUUAUCAUCGCCUACCCUCCCACUGUCUCUGACAGGCCUGCAGCCACCAAGAAGCUCCGCAGUAACGCAAACGCCCCAAGAGCUGACGACUUUACGGGGAUCUCUGCUGACCAAAGCGCAUCAAACCUGGUGUCUUCCCAUACCAAAGAAGCGGCUGCCACUAAUGCGGAGGAAACGGAGACGACCAAGUCUAAUUUUGCAGUAGGCGAUGACCACAAGCUGAUCCAGGACUUUGUUCUGCUAGACCUUGGUGAACCUGACGGUUCAAAAUCCUUUGAUGGACGCGAAGAAACCGCCAGUAGAUUGUCGGUUAAUGAGGACGUGGCUGAAACUAGACCAUUUGACUUUGACUUGCUGGGCGGUAACUACUUUUUCACUGAUGUGGCAUCUGCUGGAGAAGAAAAGGUAAGCCUUCUUGUUCAUCAGAGUUAA